UAGUUUGUGAGACUUGAUUAAUCAAAGUGUAUAAAUAGUCUUUUUAGAGAUGAAACGAAAACAAAAAAUAUUGAUGAUUGUCUCAUGAUAAUGUUUUCCUCAACCAAAUCGGAUGAAAUAACAAUCCUUCACUUCAACGAUGUUUACAAUGUUGAUGAACAUAAUGUCGAGCCCAUCGGUGGAGCAGCAAGAUUCGUAUCAGCCUUACAAUCAACGAGAACCCAAUCAACUUUAACAUUAUUCAGUGGUGACUGUCUUGGUCCAUCUUUAUCAAUCAUAUACAGUAAGUACAUUCACCAAAGGUUCACAAAUGGUUCCUGUAUUGAACAGUUGUCAAGUUGAUUGUGCAGUCGUUGGUAAUCACGAUUUUGACUACGGGAUUGACGCUCUUUCCAGGAUAAUCCAGCAAACCCAUUUUCCUUGGUUAUUGUCCAAUGUAACUAGUCUUACCGGUAAUACAAUUGCAGGGACUAAAAUUUAUCAUAUUAUUGAAGUUCAUGGUAAAAAGUUUGGAAUAAUCGGAUUAGUUGAAAAUGAAUGGUUUAGCAUUUUAUCAACCGUUAACCAAAAUAUAAUCAUAUACAAAGACUUUGCUUUGGUUGGACAAAAACUGGCUGCUUAUUUGAAGUACAAGAAAAAUGUUGACUAUGUUAUCGCCUUAACCCAUAUGCGUAACCCAAACGAUAUUAGAUUAGCAAAAAAAGUGCCUGAAAUUGAUCUGAUUUUAGGUGGACACGAUCACAUCUGCCAGUCAAUCAAAGUGGACCAUAAAAGGAUCAAUUCAAGUACAUUUAUAAUCAAAAGUGGAACUGAUUUUAAAAAUUUCUCAAAAAUCAGCUUACAAUUAACAGACAAAACAAAACCAUUUGCAGCAAGAACCAGAUUAACCCAUGAAAUAAUCGAUGUAACCUCCAACUUCACUGUAGAUAGUCAAUUGAAAGGCCAAUUGGACACCUACAAGUUAAACAUAGACUCGACUAUGGAUAAAAUUAUCGGAAUUACAAAAGUGUAUCUCGAUGGUCGAUUCAUUUCCAUCCGUCGGAAAGAGACCAACCUGGGAAAUUUAAUAGCUGAUAUAAUGCGUGCCUCUACAAGAUCAGAUUGUGCCAUUAUCCAUUCGGGUACAUUCAGAUCGGACCAACUCUAUGAGCCUGGACCAAUUAGUUUGAAAGAUUUAAUCAACGUCUUUCCCACUCCGGGAACAAUGGUUCAACUCUUGGUUUCUGGACUGGUCAUUUGGAAGUCUCUUGAAAAUGGUGUUUCUCUUUGGCCUCGACUUGAGGGACGAUUCCCUCAAAUCUCACAAAUUCACUUUUCAUUUGAUCCUAACCGUGAACCAGGCAAUCGAAUCGAUCCUGAAACCAUUAAGAUUGCUGGUAAACAAUUAAAUUUAGAGGCUAAAUAUCGUUUGUCAACCAAACUGUUUCUAUACAAGGGUAAUGAUGGUUACAGUUGUUUGAAAAAUUGUCCUCUACUAAUGUCACAAGAUGAUUGUCCUGAAAUGAUAACUGCAAUUGAAAAUUACUUUCAAUUUGCUUUUGACAUCGACGCCAAUUGUAAUCAUACUAAUCAAUUGAAUAGCUUGAAAGAUGAAAGGAUACAAAUUAGAAUGGUUGAACCCAAAGUUGAAAAUAGAAUCAACAUAAUUAAUUUUAUUAAAAAAGAGAUGACAAAUAAUUGUACAAAUACUGUUGACUCAAUUGGAUCUUUUAAUGUUAAAAACAACAAUGUAAAUCACAUCAAAUACUAAUUAUUACAAUAUAAAUAAAUGGUUUAAAUUUUGUACAACAAUUUAAUGAUCAAUCUAGGUUGUCAACGAUCUGAAAAAAGGCAUGCUGUGAUUUUAAAAAGUGCGAUUGAUCAUUGAGUGGUCUUAAUAAAAUAUGUUUUAGGAGUAAAAAUGCUGAAAAAUUGAUUCUUUAUACAAAAGCUUUGGUCACGGUUUAGCAUCUAAUUGUAGCAAUAAUGAUAAUAUAAAUAUAUUAAUAUGAGUAUAGAUGAAAUUUCAAUCUCUUGCUCUUUGUGCCUUUUGGUUUCAUUGUGAGUUGAUUUUUGUAAUUAGUUAAUCUGAAUGACAAAGUGGUGAUUGAUGGUUGGCGUGUUGAUUAAAUACAAGCAUGUAAAAAACGCGUAUUUCAACUUAUAUUUACACUAUGAUUAAAGACAA